UUAAUGAUAAAGAAUAAUCAGCAAACUAGUAUAAUAUUCAGAGAAAUCAAGACAAGAAAUCUGAUUAUGACAAGUAGUGAUGACGAAAAAGAUAAAAAUCAUCAUCGCGAUUUUAAGAAAGACAAGCAUAAGUUUCGCAUUUAUCAAAUAACUUCAGAAUCUGAUAUUAGUUUUUCUGAUAGUUUGUCAAGCAGUUCAGACUAG